ACCCUCAUCCCUCCGUGGCCAGACCUCGAUGCGCUGCUAGUAUCGCUUGGGCCGUUCUACGCGUGCGCGUGGUGUGCGCUCGAGCGCUCCACUUCGAUUUCCGCACCUGUGGCCGCUGACACAGCAGUUGCGCAGCACUUGCUGCUGUUCCUUCAGACAGCGGGGGUCCUAGCUGAGACGAGCUCGUCAAAUGGCUCUACAAGGCGAUCUCUUUACGACCCUAUUAGCUGGAGCUAUCGGGAGAGCAGUCAGCUGCCUGACGACCUGAGUAGUUCACUAACCCAUGCACUUAGAGCAUGGCGCCCCUCGCUUGGAGCACAGGACCGACAGUGGCUCUGGCGUCAGCUUUCCGACCGCGAAGCUGCUGCCUAUCUCGUGUCAUUGCUACGCAAGCAUCGGAUCCGUACUCAACACGCCGAGGAGAUCCUAUGUGUACAGGAAAGAGAAUGGCGUGAGCUGAGUUUGGGACGCAAGCGAUACGUGCUUUGGUCGUCAGUCCGGGGAGCUGCGAGUGAGUUCUUAAGCACCGGCGGCGACGAAUCCGCAGCAUUGACCGUGCUGAGCCGCGAGAUACGCAGUCGAGCAGAUUGGCUAUCUCGCAAGCAAGCAUCAGGAACGCUAAGCAAGUCUGACUACUGCUUUCUGCCGGACCCUGCAUGGCGGCGACCGCUGAUGGUCGAUGUCGCGUUGGAGUGCCUACUGCCUAUUGGCGACGACUACUGGCUCGCCCCUCCUAUUCUGGCUCGGCAGCAAGAGGGGCCAGGACUCAGAUCGCGUCUCUUACGACGCACUCAAACCCAAAUUCCUCGACCAGGACUUCGGGAUUUCCUAGAUUAUGCUAGAACCACCUUUGAUGAGGUUGUGCUUUUCACAACGGUAUCUCGGCAUAUGUCGCUAAGAAUCGCCUUACUUCUGGCUGAGGAAGGCCAUGUGCCUGGCUGGUUCACAGGGGUCCGCUACGUCGAAUGGACUGGGCCUACCAAGGACCUUCGAUUCGUGUCUCCACUACUUGGCCAAGCUCUGCUGCUUGACGACCACCGCCCCUACAUCCACCGGGGUCAACACAAGUUCUGGGUUGAGGCCCCGCUAUUCGCAUCACCGUACCUUGCUGAUGACACCAUCGCGCCAGAGCCGCAGACGAAGCCACGUCUAGGUUCUCUGCAUGACAGAGCGCGCCAUUCAAUCGCCGGAGUCAGCGUGACUAGAACCAGUCUUUCCCACCCCCUUCAGAUUGCGACUCUCCCGGUUGGCCAUUGCGGUGGGGCCAUCGGGGUGACGUUCGCGCCUGGCAAGCAUCAAGUCACAGCUAUGACCGGAUCGUGGUCGCGAGACUUGGAUAUGGACCUUCAAGCUAUAAGUUCAUGGGGCGCAAGUCAUCUCAUCAGUCUAAUUGAGCCUUGGGAGUUCGAGGAUCUUCAGAUCGCCGCUCUGCCAGAGCGUGCAGCAGACCAUGGUCUACGGUGGUACGGACUGCCGAUCGUGGAUGGCGCCGCGCCCGAUUACGGGUUCCUCCAGCGAUGGAAGGAGUUGGAGACGUCCAUCUGCAACGCGCUACUUAACGGCAAACGGGUUGUCGUCCAUUGCAAGGGCGGACUUGGCAGAGCAGGCACUGUCGCCUGCAUGCUUCUCCUCAGCACCAAGACUUCCCUGAGCAGCGAGGAUGCGAUCAGGCGCGUGAGAAUGGUACGCCUUGGUGCCGUUGAGACAUUGGAGCAAGAGGAGUUCCUGCACAACUGGGCAUCUGCCUCACAUCACCUCUAG